CUGCACCUGUUGAUAAUUUGAAGGAGUUCUGGUGAUGAAUAUUGGAUAUGAAUGUGCGCUUCGGCAUGAACUGUAUUGCAGGCGUAAGUCCACCGAUUAGUAGCCUAAUAUUGCCCUACAAAAACAUCCUGCAACAAACUCAGAGGGCACUCAGCUGAAGCUUGUGUUACCAUAACUACAGGACGCAAUGCCAGCACGUGCACUAACAGCAGCGGUGUUGCAGUUCUGGGCUAACAAUUCGAAUUUCAGUCGACCGAAAUGCAGCAGUUUCCUCGCGGCAUGCCACCGCCAGUCGGGUGUACCAUGUCAAAUAGACAAAGGAAGAAAUUAGCGUCGAAGAACAGGGGUGGAUACGGUCGGCCUAGAGCAACUCCGUGGACCUCAUCUCCUAGCAGAGCCAAUAUCGGAAGCCUGCCACCAGAGGUUCUGAUGAAGAUCCUAUCCUUCUUGGACGCAUCCUCUCUGUAUUCUGUUGGUUAUGUUAACAAACAGCUUCACGCCGUCUCAAACAGCAAUUCCCUGUGGUACAGGCUGUACACGAGAGACUGUGCGGAGAGCAAGCGGAAGCCACUGAUGGUGGACGAGGUGGCAGACGGACUGACCAGCGUGGCCAUACAGGAGAAGCCUAUGGGAUACUGGAAGAGACUGCUCUUCAGGAAGAUGGCUGGCUUCAACACGGACAAGUGGCUGAAGCAACUCAAAGUCACCAACCCUUACACGGGCCUUCCAAGGCAAACGGAGCAUGUCCUCAGGAGCGUCGGCGUGACCUGGGAGCUGACUGUGAUUGAUAUGAGGCGACGGCAGUGCACCUUUAAGCCCUCGCGCGUCUUCUUCUCGGAGUCGUCCCUCAGCCUGACCUGGUACAACCUGGCCGACCUGGCCAGCAUUCACAUCCACUCCAUGCAGCUCCACGGGGUGGUGCCCAUGCUCUUCGACCGGCACACCGCUUCUGGCAGGCAAUCCAGGAGCCCUGUGUGGCGUUCCCUAAUGGCUGAGGUGGACAUGAAGUCGCCCAACUGGCGAUUCCUUGGAGCUUGCCAGCUCGUGAGGAUGAAGUGCAGCAGACAAAUCCCAGGAUUCAGCUUGGGACAAUGGAGGGACUCCUCACCGGAAGAGGAUCAGGGUGACAUUGUGUUUGUGAAGAUGACGCUGCAUUUUCACAAACUUGUGGAGAGAAGCCUUUUGGGAUCAGUUACAUGCCCCUACAUGGUGCAAGAGCCCCAGCCCAUGUUUGACGACAUCGACCCCGAAUACGGUCUCCACGGCUACAAGGUGCACCUGGAGCUCCACGACAUGGCCAAGCCCAUCAUGUCGGGCCACUUCACCGGCCUCUUCUGCCGCAGAGAAAACUUUGCGGGUAACCACAUAAACUUGAGAGCCAUCUCCAGAGGCAAGAAGGCAGAGCACACAGCCUUCUGCGACAAGCUUUGUCUGAAGUGGCGGAGCGAGGGACUGGACGGGAGUUUGGAGAAAUGCUGUGUGGUGAACGUGACCGUGGUAGACGAGACCGACACCCCCGUUUGGUGCAUCUCCACUGCCGUGCCUGCCAUACAGAUGACCGACAGUACCUCGUACGACUACGGAGGGGAGACCUACUCCAUGAACUAUGUGGACGCUGGCGGCCGCGUCUUCAUGGACCUUGUCUGGAUGGAGGAGAUGAGGCAGUACUUCCUGGUGAAGUUCUGGGUACAGCUGCCGGUGGCAAAGAUCAACAGGCUAUAUAGGCGCAAUUACUAAGAAGUACGGGGAGCAGGUUUUGUGUUGGCGUGUUUGCACUUGGGACGAUGUUGAGUUCGAUGUAAGCGUCGAUUGUUCACGAGUGGCGUUAUUGACAAAAACACAUUUAGGGUUUCAUGCCCCAUGUGCUGCGUAAUGAUAUGAUUGUUCACAGUUUUUGUUCAGUUGAUGAUGAACAAAUUUUGUAAAUAGACUUUUGUUGACAAAACCAUGGCAUUUCCUUCUGUUUUGAAUUAAAACAAUGGCGAAUUUCUGUUA